AGUACCACCCGAAAACGUCGGCACUUGUGCUUCGAGUACGCUUGCAAAGUCAUGCAAUUGCGCAGCCGCUACGAACGUUCAAAACCCCCGAACAAGGGCGGCAUCUUCGAGGAGUUGCGGACGGCUUUGCGCAGAAACGCGGUGCCUUCGGUUCUGGAAGCGAAUUCCCGUCAGAAUUCAUCUUCUCGCUGAAUGAUCCUGUUUAAAGUGUUUCGUUGGUCGAACGUUGUUCCAAAGGCGCGCGGGUUGCGCUGAACGCACCGCACGCAUCAGAAGUCCUGAUUUCGACGUCUCUUCGUCACCGACACCUUGCUUUGUCUUAUUUCCCUUAGGGGAGGUCCUGCUGGUCUCCCACAUCGAAGAAGGGUGUAUUUUUAGCCUCUCGAAACUUCCGACGGAGUUGCUCCCUUUCCCCAGACUUCCGCGAACAUGCAGUCCGCAGAGAUCACGGCGCUAGAGUCGCCUGCCAUCAAGGCGGCGCUCGAGUGUUCUCCUGAGAUAAAUCCCGCCCGGAAGACUGUCGGAGUUCACCUCCCCUACACAGGCCGAGAAACGCACAUUUUUUCGCGCGUCGGUCACUUUACCCCGCCCGGCUACCACUACAACUGCAACAACCGACCCUCGACGGCGGUGAAAAUCCUCAUGAGCGACAAGGCCUACUUCGCCAGGCAAGCUGGCGCAAAAUUCGGACUGUUCGCCCUCGGAUUCCUCCUGUGCUGGGGACCCCUUGAUCAGUGCCUCCUGAAGCUGCGUCCUAAGGUGAGAAAUCGGUGCAGUGUGCAGCAUCGGUGUUUUUCAACUUUUUGCUCGCUUGUUCGUAGAUGGUAUUCUUGGUUGAUGCCCCCGCCGUGCAGCUGAGGACAGCGGGAGUGAAACCCUCGCAGCGAAUACUCAUCAGAAGAGUGUAGUUGAUGCAAACGCUACAGGUACACCGUAAGCGUGUUGUGUUUUUCCGUAUGCGCUUUUGCAGCAACGAGAGCGACGUGAAAAGAUGGCGUCCGCGUGACUGCCUUCUUCCUGCGGUCGCGUGUCACCUGGAUGAGAAGCGGAAUGCGAUUAAGUCAACAGCUGCUGCGUUCGGGGUGUGUCAGUGCAAAGAAGUCGUGUCAGGAGAACAAGGCUUGCCGACGACAAACGUUUCGAACCUUCUGUAUUAGGGUGAAAAUACGGAUCGCCAGUUGUCGAGGCCGCUCCAGAAUUCUCAGUGGUGGCAAGCACCGACGUGCCAGUCGUUGUUAUGUCGUGCCCAAAAUAGGCCUGUCUCGCCUAUGACGCUUGGGAGCGGACGCAAGCCGUGCUUCAAGCGCAGAGAACAUUUUAAGUCAUUUCUAUGCACUCUUGCUGACAAGCCUGCGACAAACGAGUGAAUGGACGCACACUUCGACUUCUCGCGCACUGUCCGCAUGGAGAGGAACUACGUUCUCAAUGUGAGCGCAGUGAUGGCGAUGUGGUGAAACUCACUGUUAAAUCGUUUAGUUAGGAGGGCUUUCUGAGUCUGCUGGUAUCAGAUGGCGAGGCUUGCAAAGUGCUGGCGAAAUCGGGCAGAGCCCCCUUGGUUCAAGACAGACACUGUAGGUGUGCAGCCAGUACGUUCUGGCAACAGAGCAGGGCGCCAGUUCGAAAGAGUCCGGUGUCGAACUGCGACGACAUUCGGAAUAGUGGGAACUUGCUGCUGAUUUUGACACGCCUACAUUUUCUGGCUGCGGUGGACGCGCGAGGAACCAUUAAGCUCCAGAUGAAGAAGACGCACGGGCCAGGGGGGACCCUAGAGUAAGGAGAAUUGCCGGCAGUCUGAAUUGAGGCUGGGUUUCAGCUUGACGUACAUUCGCUAUUUAUUUACCGGAGAACCGAGGCCUAGUAGUGGAUCAAGACAGGAGAGUCGCAGACAGCAGCUCAGCAGCUGCGUGACGGAGCAGCUUUCAGAAGGACCGUGACGCGUGCGCUACAAUCCACGACAGUCCCGCUCCACCGUUACAUCCGUCAGGCGCGUGUUGGCUCGCUUGGAAAACUAUUUGUUGUGCUGCCCAAGAGAGGGCAAGGCACAACUGCGUGCCAGGUCAGCUGACUCCACCGGUACGAUGUAGAUAGCUUCACUUUACAUCAGUCUGAGGAGUGCCAAGAGCAAAACGUGUGCCUAUUCGAAGAGCAUUACUGCAACCCCUUACCUCAUUGAACGGGCACGUAGAGGCCUUAACGGUAGAAUGCUCCUGAGUAUUUUGGCGGCACAACUGUCGCGACGAAUCUGCAGAUUCAAGUCUUUUACAAACCGUUACAUGAUCAUGGUGGAACUCGAUUAAUGCCAACACCUGUACACAAAUGUAGGUGACAUGUACAUGUCUAAGAUCCGACCUCUCUGCACACACCCUCGGGAUCGGCGGCGCUUUCCUGUGCACUGCCGCAGAAAAGAUAGCUUGCCGAGGGAGUUGAACACGAUUGGCAGAGAAAAGGACACCACGGAACGACAUAUUAAAGUGAGUCAC